CGGCCUCCCGGACUCGCUCGCGGGCGCGAGGGAGAGAGCCGGGCGGGUGAGAGCGGCGUGCGGGGCCACGCUUCCGGGGGGCUCUCUCGGGCUCUUCUUUCUAAUGCUGUUUGUUUUAGUGUUUGAAGUGAUCCACUUAUCUUUCAAUGCCAGUGAGAACCUCUUGAAGUUAAGUCCUCAGUCCUCCUGCAUAUUUUAAAGAUAUUACUUAAGUGUUUAUGGUUAAAAUUACAAGAUUGGAACUUCUUUAAAAAAAAUUAAAAGACAAGGUUAAUAAUAAAAAUUGAAAGUUUUUAUAUUUUGUUGAAUAUUGGAAAUUGAAUGUAAUGGCAGCAGAAUUUAUAAAGAGUUGCUGUAGAGGAUGUUUCUAUGGUGAAACAGAAAAACAUGAGUUAUCUAUGGAAAGAGAUUUUAAAGUCACAAUAUCAAAUACCCAAAAUACUACUGUUUCUGUACCUCCAUUGACUCCUGUUCCUGUAAAGUCUCAGAUUGGCUGUAGUGAGGAUUAUUUGCUUUCCAAAUUGCCAUGUGAUGGAAAAGAUGUGCCAUUUGUGGUGCCCAAGUUUAGGUUAUCGUAUAUUCAGCCCAAGACACAAGGAACACCCUCCCAUAUGGAAGAACUUGAAGGAUCUGCUCGGGCGUCUUUUGGAGAUCGAAAAGCAGAACUUUCCAGUCUAUCCCAACAUGGGCCCAGCUAUGAUAUAUAUAAUCCAUUCUACAUGUAUCAGCACUUUUCACCUGAUUUGAGUCGGAAACGUUUUCCUCACUCAGAAGCAACAAGACUAUAUGGAUCAGUUUGUGAUUUAAGGACCAGUAAACUACCUGGCUCCCCUGGGCUAAGCAAAUCUAUGUUUGAUCUUACAAGUUCAUCUCAGCGAUUCAUACAGAGACAUGAUUCAUGGUCCAGUGUACCCAGUAGUUCUUCUUCAAGAAAAAAUUCUCAGGGGAGUAACAGAAGCCUAGAUACAAUUACUCUAUCAGGAGAUGAAAGAGAUUUUGGAAGAUUGAAUGUGAAAUUGUUUUAUAAUUCUUCAGUAGAGCAGAUCUGGAUCACAGUUUUACAGUGCAGAGAUUUAAGUUGGCCCUCUAGUUGUGGAGAUACUCCUACUAUAUCUAUAAAAGGAAUACUAACAUUACCCAAACCAGUGCAUUUCAAAUCUUCAGCCAAAGAAGGUUCCAGUGCUAUUGAAUUUAUGGAAACUUUUGUAUUUGCUAUUAAACUACAACAUCUACAAACUGUGAGGCUUGUAUUUAAGAUUCAAACUCAGACUCCCAAGAAGAAAACUAUUGGAGAAUGCUCUUUAUCACUCAGAACACUUAGCACACAGGAAAUGGAUUACUCUUUGGAUAUAAUACCACCUUCAAAAUUUUCUGUUUGUCAUGCAGAACUUGAGUUGGCAACUUGUUUUCAAGCAGUAAAUAGCAGGAUCCAGCUGCAAAUCCUUGAGGCACAAUGUCUUCCAAGCUCAACACCUCUGACUUUGAGUUUUUUUGUGAAGGUGGGAAUGUUUAGCUCAGGAGAACUGAUUUAUAAGAAGAAGACGCGCUCACUGAAGGCCUCCAAUGGAAGAGUAAAGUGGGGAGAGACUAUGAUUUUUCCACUUAUACAGAAUGAAAAAGACAUUGUUUUUCUCUUUAAACUUUAUAGUCGAAGCUCUGUCAGAAGAAAACACUUUGUGGGCCAGGUUUGGAUAAGUGAAGAUAGUAACAGCAUUGAAGCAGUGAACCAGUGGAAAGAGACAAUUACAAAUCCAGAAAAGGUUGUUACCAAGUGGCACAAAUUAAACCCAUCUUGACUUUGCGCAUCAGUUUGCUGAAGAAACAGCUUGAUGUUCUGUUAGAAAAUAUACCAUUUGCUAAAAAUAGAAUGAAUUUUAUCAGAUAUCCAAAGUGAAGGGAAUCCUUUAAAAUAGUGCUGAACCAUAAUAAAAUAAAAGCAUAGUA